AUGCAGAUCGUCGUGACCGAGCUUCCCUACCAGGUCAAUAAGGCCGGGCUGAUCGAGAAGAUCGCGGCCCACGUCAAGAACAAGCGGCUCGACGGCAUCACCGAGAUUCGUGACGAGUCGGACCGUCGCGGUAUGCACAUCGUCAUGGAGCUUCGCAACGGCGCGCAGGGGAUGGUCAUCCUCAACAACCUGUACAAGCUCACCGAGAUGCAGAAGUCGUUCUCCGCCAACAUGAUGGCGCUCGUGAACGGCAGGCCGGAGCUCUUGACCCUCAGGGCGGCCCUGCAAAACUACGUCGAUUUCCGUCGCGAGGUCGUUCGUCGCCGGACCGAGUUCGAGCUGAGAAAGGCCAAGGCGCGCGCGCAUAUCCUUGAAGGGCUGCGAUCGCGCUGGAGAACCUGGACGCGGUCAUUCAGUUGA